CUCCUAAUUACUUGCUAGGAGCAGUCAAGGAGUCAGUAAGUUAUGGUUCUAAUGCCGUAAUGAUUUAUUUAGGAGCGCCUCAAAACACUCGUCGUCGGCCCCUAGCUGAGUUAAAAAUACCGGAGUUUCGUCAAAUUCUAGCAGAAAAUAACAUUGAUAUUGAUAAUGUGAUAGUGCAUGGACCAUAUGUGGUAAAUCUAGCUAAUCCUGCGCAAGUUGCUCGCAUGGAAACAAUUGGUUUAAAAACUCUUAUUCUUCACCCCGGCAGUGCGGUCGAUGCUCCCAUUAAUGAAGCUCUAUCCCAGGUAGCCAAAGGAAUCAAUUUGGUUCUCCAAUCAAGUUCCCAAGUUCGUAUCGUUUUAGAAACCAUGUGCGGUCGGGGCAGCGAAGUCGGAGUAAAUUUCGAACAAUUGAAAUAUAUUAUUGACCGAGUCGAACAAAAAGAACGG